AUGCCAGAGCGGCUCCAGCUCCCCAUCACCCCGUCGGGUCCACAGCUCGGCGCGCACAUCGCCGCGCUCGACCUGCUCGCUGCGCGCCUCGAAGCGCUGCCGAGCCGGUCGCGCUGGCCGGCGCGCGUGCCGCUCAACUCGAAGGCGAGCUUCGAGGGGGACAUGGUGCACACCAACGAGAUCAAGGUCAACGUGUCCGAGGGGUGGUGGGUCGAGAUGACGGCGCACGAGGCAGCUGGCUACGUGCGCCAGCGGCGAGAUGCCCUGCUGCACGAGCACGCCCGCUUGUUGGAGGGCAAGCCGCCCUCGACGGCCGACCAUGUCGCCAAGUCGCUGGGCAUGGCGAUGCGCCUCAACCCCGACGAGCUCAAGUUUGACCCGCUGUUUGCGCAACCCAGGAACGAGGCCAAGGAGCAGCAGAAGGAGGAGAGGCGGAAGACUGAGGAGCAGAAGAGAGAGAAGGCGGCGGCGGCCGCAGCAGCCCCGCCCAGCGACGACCUCCCCGAGUCGCUCCAGCGCCUCGUCGACCUCGUCGGCAACCAGCUGCAGGACAAGCUCGGCCUGCCCGCCGCAAGUACAGAGGGGCGCGAAACGGUCGAGAACGACGACGGGCUGCCGAUCCACGAAAUCCGCGAAGCGCUGGACGGCAGCGCGCUUACUCCCCUGCCAGAGGGUCACGGCGAGGGCGCGGUCACCGUGAACGACGAGGACGGGGACUAUUGGGCCGACGAGGCGGUCGCGCGGCGUGAGGCGCUGCGGAGGCGCAUCUUCCACGACGGGAGCGAUACCGAGGAUGACGAAGACAACGACGACAGCAUGGACGUGGACCCCGCCGCGGCGCCUGAAGCCAAGCCGCCCACCCCGCCGAUCGCCGCGACUUCAGCCUCGGCCUCGGCCUCGGCCUCGGCGUCCCUCGCGCCGCCAGAGGACGUCGACAUGCAAGACGAGCCGACGCCAAGCCUCUCGCGCUCGAGCUCGAUCUCGCAGCCCAAAUCCAUCCUCAAGCUGCCCACGCGCAAAAAGAGCGUCAGCUUCGACGACAGCGUGCCCCUCCCGCCCGACUCGCCGCCGGUGCGCGGCUUUGUCGGCGUCGAAGUGCCCGAUUCGGGGCCCAAGGUCAUCCCGAUUCUGAACGCGCCAAAGCCUGGCCAGAAGAAGGAGCCGUUUGGCGGCUUCAAGCGCGGCUUCUUGUCCAGCGGCCCGCCCCCCGUGCCGCGCAUCGUCGAGGUGGCGCCUGAUGCGCCGGCGCCGGCUCCUCCAGUUCCGCCGUCGACAGUUCGGACGCAGGAGGCGCCGGCUGCGCCGGCCGCGCCCGAACCGCCCCAACAGCCAAAGAAGCAGAGCCUGUUCGCCCAGCGCCGCGCACAAGCUGGCGGGCCGUCGUUCCCCAAGCUCGCGGACACGCCGCCCAUGGUCACGAUGAAGCAUGCGGUGCAGGAGAAGUCGGCGGUACCGGGCCCUGCGCCUGCGUCGCGGCCACUCACCGCGCCGCCGAGCGUCGGGCCUGCGCGCUCGCCCGCGCCGGACGCGAUGGACGAGGACACGGACGAAGACUACGACGAGUACGGCGACCUGGGCGAGUUCUCCGACGACGAAGAGGACGAGUACAACCUCGACGAGGCGCUGCUCGCGCGCGAAGUAGCGCUCGAGUAUCACCGCAGGCAGGCGUACCAGACGCCCGUGGACCCAGACGAGGUGGACCCCGAGGCGGACGACGCCAACGUGCUCAUGGGCAUCCCGCGCGUGUCGACCAUUUCCGGCCGGGAUGACGACAGCAGCCUGCGCAUCGUCAACCCGACCGCGGACGACCUGAGCCAGUUUAUGCGUGUCGGCAGGGCAGAGGACGGCGAGCUCGUCUUCGAGCCUCCCGUGGUCAACGAGGACUCGGACUCGGACGGCGAGGAGGCCGGCGCCGACGCCGAAGACCGCCGCCAACGCCGCCAGAGGAGGAAGGACGUCAUGGCCCAGCUCCUCACCGGGGACUACUCUGAUCGGCCGUUGAGCGGGCAGGCGCAGGCCGAGGUCAACAAGGCGCGCGAGCGGGCGUUCCACCAGUCCUUGCCGCCUGCGGUCGCGGCCGCGCCAGUGGCUGCCCCUGCUCCAGUGCCCGCGCCGGCUCCGGCACCGGCUCCCAAGCCUGAUCCUCGGCGCGAUGUUGUCGAGCGCGUACCGCCGCCACAACGGCCUGUUGCCGCUGCCGCUGCCGCUGCCGAGCCAGAAGCUGCUGCCCCCGCUGCGCCGCCCAAGAAGGUCUCGCGCUUCAAGGCCGCGCGCCAGUAGCCUUCUCGGGUCAUAUCCGGUAUCAAUACA